GUUCAAAUAAACUCGGUAAUGGCGUUUUGAAACUAACCUCACUAAUCAUUUAUCAAGAUGAAUACUCUUUUGAAGUUUAAUUGGCAAGGAUUAAUAAAAGCUGCUUUUCCGCUUCGUACAUUAUCUCUUUUUCCAAAAUUGCAAUUAAAAGAAAUACAAGAAGUGCAAGAAGGCAAAUCUUUAAUUAUAAAAGGCGUGAAUGUUCCAUCAGGACGCGAACCGUUUCUCUUAGAAACUGAGAACGAACUUUGUCCAAUUUGCAGUUCGGGCUUAGAAGUUAAACAUACCGACGUGUUGAUAAUAAGUCAGUUUGUCAGAUCAGAUGGAUGCAUGCUACCUCGUCGCGUAACUGGAUUGUGUAGGCGACAACAAAAAAGGAUGUCCAUACUUGUAGCCAUGGCACAAAAAGCAGGACUAAUGCCAAAUCUCACUCCCGCUACAAGUAAGAAAGAUCCAAAGAAACGAUUUGGAUGGAAAAGAUACAACAAAUAUUUUGAUGAAAGUACAAUUAAAAUUAGGUAAAAGCUGUGGUUUAUUUAAGAAAUGUAAAAUACAGAAAAUAUCUUUUUGGUUUUAAUCUUAUAAUGUU